GGGAAAGAUGGCGGCCGUCGUCCGCUGCUUUCGCGUCCCUGCAACCGGCCUUCGGUCGCCAAGGACAGGGUAUUGUGUUUCUGUCAGCAUCACCAUGCUUCACCAUGACCGCCAAGUUCAUUACUCUGUAAUUCCCCAUGGAAAAAGUGGGCGCUCUUCCGUCAGUGGCGUAGUGGCUACUGUCUUUGGGGCCACAGGAUUCCUGGGUCGAUAUGUUGUUAACCGCCUGGGGCGCAUUGGUUCCCAAGUCGUCAUCCCAUAUCGCUGUGAUCAGUAUGACCUCAUGUACCUUCGACCCAUGGGUGACCUAGGACAGCUUCUUUUUAUGGAAUGGGAUUCUCAUGACAAAGAUUCUAUCCGAAGAGCUCUUGAAUACAGUAAUGUUGUUAUCAAUCUUAUUGGAAAAGAAUGGGAAACAAGAAGCUUCAAGUAUGAAGAUGUCUUUGUUAAUAUUCCCAGAAAUAUUGCCCAGCUCUCAAGGGAAGUUGGAGUAGAAAAAUUAAUUCACAUUUCCCACCUGAAUGCAGAUGUGAAAAGUCCUUCAAAAUACCUUAGGAAUAAAGCUAUUGGAGAGAGAGUCGUAAGGGAAGAAUUUCCAGAUGCUAUCAUUUUGAAACCUUCUGAAAUGUUUGGGAGAGAAGAUAGGUUUUUCAAUCAUUAUGCAAAUAUGCAUUGGUUUGGUGGAGUUCCACUGAUUGCAUUUGGAAGAAAAACUGUAAAACAGCCUAUCUAUGUUUCUGAUGUUGCCAAAGCAAUCAUUAGUGCUAUUAAGGAUCCUGAUGCAAAAGGAAAAACAUACACAUUGACUGGCCCUCACAGAUACCUCCUUUAUGACUUGGUACAGUAUCUAUAUGCAGUGCUCCACAGGUAUCCAUUGCCAUGUCCUAUGUAUCAUUUAAUUGCAAGAUUUUUUGAGAUGAAUCCAUUUGAGCCUUGGACAACAAGGGACAAAAUUGAUCGGUUCCACACCACAGACACGAGAUUCCCUAACCUUCCUGGAUUGGAAGACUUGGGUGUCGUCCCAACCCCUGUAGAACUGAAAGCCAUUGAAGUCCUGCGGCGUCAUCGUAAAUAUCUCUGGCUGGAAGCUGAUCUCGAUGAAGCAAAACCAGCUAGGACUGUUAAUAACAUGUAAUGAUUGUUUUCUUGAGCUUUUCAAUGUGAAGUUACAUUGAAAUUACUUGUGUGAAGAAGUCUGUAAUACAAGCUAAUUUCAUAAAUAAAUCAUGUAACCUUUAUGAAAAA